CUUGUUCUUGAAGACACUGUUACAUCUAGCUCUAAAAGCUAUCUGUGGAAGAGCUUUGAUUACCCACUUAACACAUUGUUACCGGGCAUGACAAUAGGAAAGGACAUGAACAAUGGUGUAGACCGAUUUUUGACAUCUUGCAGAGACUCAGAUAUUGCAUCUCCUGGAGAUUUUACAUACAAAUUUGAUUAUAAGGGGUUGCCUCAAAUAAUUCUUAGAAGGAGGUCAAUAAAAAAAUUCCGCACUGGACUAUGGAAUGGAGUUCGAUUCGGCGGUCUUCCUGUGCCUGUUAAUCAAUAUUUUAUUCCCAUAUUAGGACUUCAAAAGGACGUGGUGGGAGGUUUAUUUGAACCUAAAGACAAGUUGAAUAUUAUGAGGAUAACAUUGAGUCAGUCAGGCAUCCUGCAAGGCAUUUUAUUGAAGGAAGGAAGCAGUGAAUGGACCAUUAUGAAUGCAAUUCCAAAUGACUUGUGUGACAAUUAUGGGCAGUGUGGUGCCAAUAGUGUUUGCAGAAGUUACAAAUCAUCAAUCUGCCAGUGUUUGGAAGGUUUCAUCCCCAAAUCGCCAGAAGAAUGGAAACAGCUCAUUUGGUCGAGUGGAUGUGUGAGGAGAACUCCGCUGGACUGCCAGAGGAAAGAUGGUUUCAUAAAGCUUGCGUGGGUGAAAUUGCCUGACUUGUUGGAGUUUUGGUUAAACAAGAGUAUGAGCACCAAGGAAUGCGAGGCGGAGUGCUUGAAGAACUGUCCCUGUACAGCAUAUGCAAAUUCAGAUAUUAGAGGAGGAGGCAACGGUUGUUUGAUCUGGUUUGGGGAUUUGAUUGAUAUUAUGGGGUACAGCGAAGAAAAUGAUAUUAGUGGGUAUUCAGAAGAAAAUCCUGGGCAAGACAUCUAUAUUCGACUGCCUGCUUCAGAACUUAGAUCAAUCCACAAAUCAAAUACGAAGAAAAGGCUGGUGGUCAUCCUAAUGGUAUCAAUCAUUUCUGGAUUGCUUACUUUGGGGUUGAUUUUUAGUUGUAUUUGGAAAGCAACAAAUAUAAGAUGUGAAAGAAAGAAAGAAGACGUAGAGGUACCUUUAUUUGAUUUUACAACAAUUGCUACCGCAACAAACAAAUUCUCUCAAGCAAAUGUGAUUGGAGCUGGUGGAUUUGGUCCUGUUUAUAAGGGAAAUCUAUGUAAUGGACAAGAUAUUGCUGUGAAGAGGCUGUCAAAGGAUUCAAGACAAGGUCUUAAAGAGUUCAAGAAUGAAGUUGUUCUCAUUGCCAAACUUCAACAUAGGAAUCUUAUCAGCCUUUUAGGCUACUGCAUUCAAGGAGAUGAAAGGAUGUUAAUCUAUGAGUACAUGCCCAACAAAAGCUUGAAUUAUUUCAUUUUUGAACAAAAUGAAAGUGCAAUGCUGGCAUGGCCAAAGCGUUAUGACAUUGUUGUUGGGAUUGUGCGAGGACUUCUCUAUCUCCACCAGGACUCUAGACUUCAAGUCAUCCACAGGGAUCUGAAAGCAAGCAAUAUUUUAUUAGAUAUCAACUUGAACCCAAAAAUAUCAGAUUUUGGCUUAGCAAGAACUUUUGGAGGGGAUGAAAGUGAAGUGAAGACAGAUAGAGUUGUUGGAACAUACGGCUACAUAUCUCCUGAAUAUGUAGUUGAUGGAACAUUUUCAGUGAAAUCCGAUGUGUUUAGCUUGGGUGUGCUUAUGUUAGAGAUAGUGAGUGGCAAGAAAAACAGAAAGUUUUUUCAUCCAGAUCACCGCCAUAACCUUUUGGGACAUGCAUGGUUGCUGUGGAAGGAGGGCAAGGCCUUGGAACUAUUGUUUACCUGUUUAGAGGAUUCAGAUUCCAUAUCUCAAGUACUAAGAUGUAUUCAAGUUGGCUUACUAUGUGUUCAAAAGUUCCCUGAAGACAGGCCGACAAUGUCUUGUGUGCUUUCUAUGUUAACGAAUGCAGAAGUGAUUCUACCUGAGCCAAAGCAGCCUGGUUUCUUCAUAGAAAGAAGUUCCAGCAAUGCAGGUACAACAUCAAGAAAUGAAGAAUCCAGCAUAGAAAAUGUGGUGACUAUAACUAUGCCGGAAGCCAGAUAGGAAUUCAUAAAUAGCUUACCGAGGAGUUAUAUGUGAAAGUUAUACUUUUAUCAAUUUGGGUUUAAGGGGUGUGUUUGGGAUUAGAGUCUUUGGCAUCUUUUUUGCUGUUAGAAGUAAAUGUACCAUUUGGGGGGUCAUAGUUGCUACUUGCUUGAGUGCUUUAAAGCUAAACUAAUAAGCUUUUUCUGUAUUUUCUUUAAUGGGAAUGGAUUGACCAUCAUAGCCAGUUCUUAUCUAGCAUCUAAGUAAUUAAGACAUCUACUUAUGCGCUUCUCUGGCAUUUUGUUGUGAAACUGACAUAUAAUCC